CACAUAACCAAUAAACAUUUAUUAUAGCACCUACUAUAUUCGAAGCACUCUCUUUGGAAUACAAAUAGAAAGAUAAUUCCAGACCUCAAGAAACUUACUCUGAUGAGGAAAGACAACAUAUAAAAAGAAGCUGAAGUGUAGAAUAUACCAGUACGAUGAAGUACCAAAAAGUCCUAAAACAGUGUAGAGGAUGGAAAAGAAGAACAAUAAAUUGAUCCAAACUACUACUUAAAUGGAGGUUUUGGAGUUCAUGGCUCUGCCCUCCAGUCAGAGAAUCUACUCAGAAAGGAAGAAAGGACUGAUAAGAUUUGAAUAUUAAGGUUGAUUCUAUAUUGAUGGAUAAUAAGUUUAUCUUCUCCCCCUCUCCCCAGACACUAGCCUGGUGAUUCUAGGCUACUUUACAGCCUUCACAGCCAAAAUUCCUUUAUCUGUAAAAUGGAGACAACAAUAAUACCUACCUCCCAGAGUUGUUGUGUGGAUGUUUGAAAGAGUCUGAAAUGAUUCUUCUAAGAAUCAGUCUGUGAGGGAGGAAGCUUUUGAGAUCAUCUGGUCUAAUUCUCUUAUUUUGUAAAUGAGAUAACUGAGGGGGACAGUGUUUUAAAUUAUUCCUUUUCACUCACGAAAUUUAAACCCCAGGUAAAUGGCUUUAUAUAAAAUAGGUAUACAAAUCAAACAAAAAUAUAAUUAUUAUAUAAUUAUAACAAAUCAUAAUUUUGCAAACCCUCCCCCCCCAGAGACCCUAUCUGGGGUCACGAUGCUGAAUUUAAGAAGCUUGGCAUUAGCUAACACAUAAUAAAGGGGCUUGCAAACCAUACAAUGCUAGAUUCUAGUUGUGAUUGCCUUUCAUGACCAUCUAAGCAUCCGUGUAUUUAGAUUUUUUUUUUCUGGUUAUACAUGUACAUGAACUUUUAAAAUACACAUUUCUUUAUGAAUCACAUUGAGAGAGAAAAUUCAAAGCAAAAGGGGAAAAAAAUCACAGGAGAGGGAAAAAAAAAGAAAAAAGAAUUGAACAUAUUUUGAGUUGAUUUACAUUCAGUCUCCAUAGCUCUCUCUGAAUGCAGAUAGAGUUUUCUAUCCAAAAUCCAAAACUGGAAUUGCCUUGGACCUCUAAACCACUGAAAACCAAGUCUUUCAUAGUUGAUCAUAGGACAAUCUUGCUGUUACUGUUGUACAAUGUAUUUCUGCUUGUUCUAAUUGUUGUUUCUCCUCCAGCUCCUAACAUAAGACUUUAUUCUCAUUAAGUAGGCGCUUAAGACAAAAGUUUGAUGAAUGGACCUACGGUAUGGAUCUGGAACAAGUCAACUCACUUCCUUAUCUGUAAAAUUAAAUUCAACAAACAUUUAUUGAGCGCCUACCAUUUACAAAGCCCGGUCCUAACUAGAUACCUUUUCUUGGGAGAACGGGAGUGAGGAGGAAAAAAACAGCUAAGUGGAAAAUGGUCCUUCAGUAGGAGCACUCCAAGUUGAGUUCCUUUUGGCAUAGCGGCCGUUAGCUCCCACCGCCUCCAGCUGUAGGAUACUCUGAUUCUACUUCACAGACACCCAUAUUACUCGCGGUGAUUUCUAGCCAACCUCACCUCCCUCUUGGAGCAUCACGGGAGAAGGUUCAGGUUACUUCUCUGGCCCUGACUUAACCACCCAGCUCAAAGGCACAAAACACUUAUCCUGGAGGGAAAGGUGGCUCCUGCCCAACCUAGCAGAAGCGGAGCGUCGCCCCCGCCUCUAGUCCUCCCCUCCCCCCUCGGCGGUAGCUCACGCUUUCUGUCUCUCGGCCCUCGGCCCCCACCCCCGACAUACAGUGCUCUCUAGGACCCAGAGCGCAGAAACCCGGGGGCUUUCCUUCCUCGCUCGAACGUGGGAGGAGUUUUGGGUUCUUGUGACGCCGCGGGAGCUGGGCUCAAGUAUUGCCUGCGCGAUGUGUCUGGCUCGUGUCACCAAUCACUGGGCAGCAGCUGAGGGUUCUGGUGGAGGAUUAUUACACCAAGAUGACUCCAGCUGUUGGGAAGUAACAGAGCGCCGUCUGCAGUGCCCAAGCCUCAGCAAUAAGGAAGGGGCUCUUGGAGUCUACUGGACAGUAACUUGGGUGCUUCAAGGCCGCCUAUGACUUUCAGGAUGGAGGCAGAUGGUCUGGAGUGGCUCUUCAACCCUUUACACCAAAUUGUGUCAUGGGGUGCCUCGGGGGCCAUGGUAUUUGGAGGCGUUGUGCCAUAUAUACCCCAAUACAGAGACAUCAAAAGAACUCAGAAUGCUGAGGGGUUUUCCACUUAUGUGUGUCUGGUGUUAUUAGUAGCUAAUAUUUUACGAAUACUGUUCUGGUUUGGAAGGCAUUUCGAAUCUCCUCUUCUGUGGCAAAGCAUUGUUAUGAUCUUUACUAUGUUAUUGAUGUUGAAACUCUGUACCGAAGUUCGAGUGACAAAUGAGCUGAAUUUAAAACGUCGUUCCUUUGCAGCUGCAGAUAGUAAGGAUGAAGAAAUCAAAGUUCCACCCAGGCGGUCCUAUCUGGAUUUUGAUUUGCACUAUUUCUGGCAUUGGAGCAAAUUCACUGACUAUGUGCAGUGUGUACUGACUUUCACGGGAGUGACUGGAUACAUCACUUACCUCUCUCUUGAUUCUACUCUGUUUGUGGAAACGCUGGGGUUUCUUGCUGUAUUCACGGAGGCCAUGCUGGGUGUGCCACAGCUCUAUCGAAAUUACCAGAAUAGAUCCACUGAAGGAAUGAGCAUCAAGAUGGUAUUAAUGUGGACCAGUGGUGACACCUUUAAGACCGUGUACUUCAUCUUGAAUCAGGCUCCUUUCCAGUUCUCCAUCUGUGGUUUGCUGCAAGUGCUGGUGGACAUGGCCAUUCUGUUGCAAGUCUACCUAUAUACUUACUACCCCCAGAAGCCAGCAUCCCAUGCAGCACACCCAGUUAGUGCAAAAGCCCUCUGAAGGCAGAGAGAGAAAACACCUGCCAUCAUUGAGGGGGACACCAGCAUGAGAGCUCUGCUUUCCUACAUGGGAGCCUGAAGAUACAGCUGCCUCCUUCCAAACAAAAGCAAAAAAAGGACUGGGAAAUGUACUGGGGACACUGGUGAGGCUGUGUGGAAUUAGGGGGAAAGGCAUGAGGCAAGAGGAAAGGAAAGCUAAAUGUCCAAAAUCUUGAGAGGGUUAGCUUUAAUAAUCUAUUGUACUUCAGUCUCACUAGUUAAGAAGGAUGUUGAAAGUUUUGCUUUUGAUAGAUUUUUUCCCAUACAUACUCAUGGGCCUUAUUCUACUAGGAUAGCACCGGUAUAUUGUUAUGUGUGCAUGCUCGUAAAUGAGCAUUUAUAUGGAAAUGUGUUUUAUAUUUCAAGGGCUGGGUUUUAAAUUUUUAGCUGAUAUAAAAAUUUUUUUUCUACUCAUUUCUCCCCACAUUUAGAAAAAAACUUACCACCCAUAAAAGUAUUUGAUUGGAAUUCUUAACAUAUUUAUAAAUAUUAUGCACAUUGGAAUUUGAGUUUAGGGUACUCAUUAAAAAAGCUAGUUCUCUUGAUGUGCUGGGAGUAGCCACCAUAGCCAGCAAAACUGGAUGAAAAAGAAAAAUGAUUUCAUUUAUCAAGGGGAAGCAGUUAAAAUUCAGUUUCAAGUUUCUAUCUUUAAAUACAAGUUAUCUCUUUGGUUGAAUCUACAUUUAGCACAUAAGCACCAGUCACCUUUUAAAGGGAUUGUCCUCUAAUUUCCUUUACUGCUGGGCAGCAUGGGAAUUGUUUUGACUGUCUGAAGACCUUGUAGUAACUAUGAAGGUUGCUAAGAGUAAUGAUGAGUUGCCCUCUUGGGUCCGAAUAGGGGCAGAAGAAAUUAGUUUAUUACUAUUGGCCAUAGGUAAUGACAAAGAAAGAUUGGCAAAAGAGAGGCCUACAUUGGGUAAAUUCUGCUAAUCCUGAUCAUGGCUUACUCAGACCCUCAGCUACUACUGUGUGAGGCAGUAUCUGAGUAGAAGGAGAACCUUGAUAGAAAUUUGUGAGUAAUAGACAAACAGGAAAGGAGGAAGAUCAGAAAUACUGACAUGAGUAACCAAUAAUUCCUUAUGAUGAAAAAUCCACAGACCCAGAUCUCUUAUUUAAAAAAUAGCUCUGUUAAUUCAUCCUGACAGAAGUACUCAGUGCCAAAUAGUGAUUAUUUGUGGCCUGAGGGGAGAUAACACAGAUAUUCUGUAGUAUACAAGUACAAGGGAAACAUCAUCAAAGUACACCUCUUCCAGACAGAUUCAGUAUUAUGUUCAGCGCCAGAAGGAUCAUUGAGGUUAGUGAGGGACAAAUAAUUUUAUAUAUCUAAACCAUAUAUGUGUAUAUAUGUAUAUAUGGCUUUAUAGUUUUAUAUAUAUGCGCACGUAUGUGUAUAUGCAAUAUAUACAUAUGAAAAAGAAGUUCUACGUAAUGAAUUUUAUAUUUACAUAUGUAUUUAUUUGGCUAAUGUUGGUGUUGGUUUCUGAGAUUCUGUUUUUGGAAUGGAGCAUUUCCAUGAGGUUCUGGCAUGUACUUUUCAUCACCAGUUGCCCUUGGCCUCUACUAGUUGUUUCCAGAGGCAGACAUAUCUAACAAACGUUUGGGAAUCAGGAUGUCCUAAAACUCUUGGGCAUUGUUGUUUCUUUGCUGGCCUUCUCCCUAAGACCCACUUUAUUUAACACUGCUGUGGGUAUAUAUGAGGAUUUCCUUACCUCUGGUCUCCUGGGCAUUUGAUAAUCCUUUUUUAGGUCAGGAAGAACUCAGGGGAUACUACAUCCAGUGUCUUGCUUUAUUACAGGUGGUGUUUUGCACUGGAUCUGCAUGCUGGCUCAUGCCAUACUCUGAUGAACUAGAUAAAGGGGCAUACUUUCAGUAGUGACAAAGCAUUGAGUACCUACUGUGUGCAAGGCACUAGGCCUGUUUGAAUGUUAGUCACUCAACAGAGAGAACCCACACAAUUUCAGGUGGGUUAGCUCUUGUAUGACUUCACUCUUUGGUGAAGCUUGAUCUCAAAACUCCCAUUUCCUAGGAAGGCCAGGGGAAUACAUACCUCUUUCUCCUUGGAGACAUAAUGGCUAAUCCCAUCUUUGGAUUUGCUUUUUUUAGAUCUGUUUUCUUUUUUCUUUUUGGCAUUAUACAAACACAUAUGUGCACACAUAGCAUUUUACUUCUGUUCUUCAGGAAAGUCCAAUGGCACAAGCUGCUGGAAGCGGGGCGGGGGAAGCCUUAGAAAAAGGCACAGUCUUACCACAGUCUAACGUCAGGAAUGAACUCUGUGUUAGUGACAUUUAUUAUAUCUAAAACUCAGGAAUGCUGUUCUUUCAAUGGCCUGGCAUGGAGUGCUGUGGGCCCAAUUCUAUUGAUUUUGUUUGGUGCCAUAUGCUCUUAUGCCUAAAGUGACCUUACAGAGAUGGCAUUUGGGCGGCCUGGUGGGCCAGGAACAUCUUUGCCUGCCAAAGCUUCUUCCUUAUUCCAGUUCUGUUCUCCUGACUAACCUGACUUCUUUAUUCCCAGCUUAAUUUACCUUAUUACCAUGGCAGAAUCCACCUGUUUGUAUGCACACUGUCAUCCUGUCUUUUGAUGCCUGGUUGUACAGAAUAUAGCCAGGUAGUAUUGCUUUAAUAGUCCUUGCCUAGGUUUCUUAUUAUGUGGGCAUGUCAUAGCCAAAAUUUAGUUCUAGGCUAUUUUCUAUUCUAUUCAACUCUUAAAAAAUAGUUUAUUUUGAGGCUCAUAAAAUAGAUAAACAUAAAAGACCAAGUGUUCUGAAUACCUAUAUCUUGAUAAUAGGUAAUGAUAUUGAGAAGAAAAUGGCAGUGUUGUUUUGUUUUGUUUUGUUUUUCCUUUUGCAGGGCAGAGGAAAUAUUUUCUGUUGCAGAUGUUAAUUUGUCUGCAAUCUGAACCAAAGCUCUACAGACAAGUGUUUUCCAAAGGGGCUGCAAGAUGCUAGGUGCCGGGGUAGUGGAAUAAUGCUUGAAGGAUGUGCAGGGGAUGAAUUCCCCUGGAUAUUUGUCCUGUUAGAUGCUUUAAGAAUGUUACUAAGUUUUACAUAAUAAUAAAGUAAUAAAUGUAGGAGAUGUCUGUCUAAAGCAGUAAUUGCCUAAGAGCUAACAUGUGAGUGACUCACGUCAGGCACUUUUCUGUUUAUAUUAUGCACAUUCUAAAAGUGUUCACAGUAUUUGGUGAUUUUGAUGACUUUAAAUAAACAUGAAUUCAAUGGGGGA